AAUUAUCAGAUUAAGAUUUCAUUCUCUCUUCUCUAUUAAACACUCUCUAAACAAACAUUUCCGCUUACAUAUGAUAUGAUAUGACAGCUUUGAAGCCACCUUGGUGACAGAUUCACUGCUUGUUUGUCGAUAUAUCAGUAGCACAAGUCGGAGAAGAGGAGAUUCAUUAUACACGAUUUGCCUUUGAAAUUCACAACACCAGAUUUUUCAAUAACGGAAUGGGAAGGAAAAUGGGAUGGCUUCAUACAGUAAAGAAAGUAAUGAGCUGUGGAUCAGGGCAGAGUAGCAGAAAGAAGAAUCGAAAAUCUGGAGAUUGGGGGAAAGAAGUGUUGUAUUUGGAUUUGUACAAUGCAGAAAACACAGCAGUGGUUCCUGCUUCUCAAUCUCCGGUGGAGGAGGUGAAGCUAACGGAAGCCGAGAAUGAACAGAGUAGGCAUGCUUAUUCUGUUGCUCUUGCCACUGCUGCGGCUGCUGAGGCCGCUGUUGCUGCUGCUCACGCUGCUGCUGAGGUUGUCCGGCUCACAUCUGCACCCCGUGGCUCGGGUAAAACCAGUGAUGAGAUAGCUGCUAUCAAGAUUCAGUCAGCUUUCCGUUGCCUUUUGGCUAGGAGAGAAUUGAAGGCGUUGAGAGGUCGCGCGAGGCUGAAGUCAUUGAUAGAGGGGCAAGCAGUGAAGCGCCAAGCAACGAGCACCUUAAAAUAUACGCAAAUGCUGGGGCGUAUGCAGUCAGAGGUUCGAGCAAGGAGAGCCAGAAAGUCUGAGGAGAACUUGUCCAUUCAGCAUCAGAUCCAGCAAAAACACGAAGGCGAGGUUCAGAAGUGGAGAGCAUCGAUUGGGGAGGAUUGGGAUGAUAGCAUGCUGUCGAAAGAGCAGAUCGAAGCCAGGUUACACCACCGGCAAGAAGCUGCGAUAAGAAGGGAGCGCGCUUUAGCUUAUGCGUAUACUCAUCAGCAGCAAACAUGGAGGGCCUCUUUAAACAGUGCUAACCAAACAUUCAUGGAUCCGAGUAAUCCUCAUUGGGGUUGGAGUUGGUUAGAGCGAUGGAUGGCUACUCGUCCACACGAAAAUGGGAAUGCAACGAGUAAAGAACUGAACAGUGACCAUAAACAAAGCCGGCCUCCCAGCAGGCAGUCGCCCUCUACUCCCAAGUCGAAAAUCACACCAUCUUCUAAGAUUAGGCCAAGGGAAACUAAUGGCACAGAUGAUGAGUUGAAAAGCAACAGAAGUGCUCAGUCGUAUAGAUAUCGGAGGCACAGCAUUGCUGGCUCGUCCGUGAGGGAUGAUGAUAGCAUAACAAGCUCACAAGCCACGGUUCGUGGCUACAUGGCUUCAACAGAGUCGACAAGAGCUAAGUCGCGGAUGGCUAGCCCGGUCCAAGGGGAGAGAGGCCGGACGCCUGAUAAGGUAGCCGGCGGCUCUGCAAAGAAACGGUUGUCCUUCUCCCCGGCCGGACCGAGGAGGCAUUCGGGCCCACCGAGGGUUGAUAUUAGCCCUAUGAAGGACAUUACUACAUGA